AUGAUUAAUUUAUUAUUUCCUAAGUAUUAUAAAUAUAAAAAAAUUCAUAACAGUAGUUAUAGUUUAAAUAAUAAAUUAAAUAAUAUUAAUUUAAAUUAUGGAUUAUAUGGUAUUAUAUCAAAAAGUUUUGGAUCAAUAUCAUCAAGUCAAUUAGAAUCUAUAAGAUUUAUAUUAAAUAAAAAUAUAAAAAAAAUUAGUAAAAUAUGGACUAUUAUAUAUCCAAAUUUUCCAAUUUCAAAAAAAUCAAAAUCAUCUAGAAUGGGAAGUGGGGUAGGAUUAAUAUCAUAUUGGGUUUAUAAAGUUAGUCCAGGUAGUGUUAUAUUUGAAAUUGAAGAUAUUAAAUUUGAUUUAAUUAAAAAUAUUUUUAAUAAAAUAUCUUGUAGAUUUCCUUUUAAAGUAUGUUUAGUUAAAAAAAAUUAUUUUUGA